CCGGGUGUGUCACGUGGGUCCCACUCCCGCCGCCGCGGCCGCCUUCGUCUUUCUCUGUCUCGACGGAGGCAGCCAUCUUGCUCUUGCCGCGUGCUGGUGUUGGAGGACCCUCCUUUCUUCAGAUUUACCAACAGCAUGAAUCAAGAAAAGUUAGCCAAACUUCAGGCUCAGGUCCGGAUAGGGGGCAAGGGUACAGCUCGCAGAAAGAAGAAGGUGGUACAUAGGACAGCUACAGCUGAUGACAAAAAACUUCAGAGUUCUCUAAAAAAACUGGCUGUGAAUAAUAUAGCUGGUAUUGAAGAGGUGAACAUGAUUAAAGAUGAUGGGACAGUUAUUCAUUUUAACAAUCCCAAAGUCCAAGCUUCCCUUUCUGCUAACACCUUUGCAAUUACCGGCCAUGCAGAAGCCAAACCAAUCACAGAAAUGCUUCCUGGAAUAUUAAGUCAGCUUGGUGCUGACAGCUUAACAAGUCUUAGGAAGUUAGCAGAACAGUUCCCUCGGCAAGUGUUGGAUAGCAAAACACCAAAACCAGAAGACAUUGAUGAGGAGGAUGAUGAUGUUCCAGAUCUCGUAGAAAAUUUUGAUGAGGCAUCAAAGAAUGAAGCUAACUAAAAUCUUUCCUGAUUUUUGGAAGCUGGCAUGGACUAGAUUUAACAAAUCAGCUAUGUGGUUCCAAAGUUUUACAGAAACGGAGAACAUCAGCUGUUACUACUAGUUCAGUAAUAUAAAUAUUUUGUAUAUUAAUAAUGCUGUUUGUUCAGCAUUUUUCGGUCAUUUGAUUUUGCAUUUUGCACUUCCUCCCAGGAUUUAUUCUUUUGGUCAAAAUACGAAGUGUUGGUGCAGUUUGAGGGUGUUUUGGUUUUUGAUUCUUGGUUUUUCUGUUUUGUUUUUUGUUGGGGUAUUUUUGGUGUGUGUAUGUGUAUGUAUGAGUGUGGGUAUGUGUGUAUUACAGUGGAGAGCAAAUUGGAAAACAUUUUUAUUUAUCCUCCUCCUUUCCCCAGUAGAAAUAAAACAAAUCUUUACAUUU